UUUCUAGCGAACCUCCACCUCUCAACCGAACAAAACUCCUUAGAAAAAGUGAUUCGCUUAUUUACGAUCGGCAAGUAAUAGUAGUUGCACGCAAAUAAUUUAAAUAUUUAAAAGUAAAGGUACCUAGUGCUAUGUGAACAACACACUACUUUCACGAUAUAUGCAAGGCAGGGGAGUUCAGUUCGCCUGAUAUGGUAGACAGUUUUGAUUUCCAUUGGACCGUGGAAGGUUGUCAUCGUACGAAAUGAAGUUGUGCGUCCUUUAAAGCUAUCGCGAACAUCAACUGUGCGUGUUGAUUUCCCAUUUCUUUUUCGAUGUACGUUCGAUCAACGUGUGUUUAUUGUUUCGCGAUUGUUUUCUGUGCGAAACUGAUAAAAUUAUGCUGGUUCCAGAGUAUUGUAUGAUACUGCAUUUUUGUUGUGAAUGACUUCGGUCACUGAUAAGAUACGAGGAUCUUCGUCGAUCGGGAUAAAAUCGAUAGUAGCUUGUGAAAAUGAGGGAGAAAUGGGAAAAAGAGGAUAAUCCUAAGGAGAGCGAUGGACUUCCAAUCCCCCAAAGUAUACACCUGUACAACUAUGACCUCCCACCCCUAUACAAAAGUAAAGUGGUCAGGACCCCAUCUCUCAGAGCGAUGAACAACUACCACAACCUCUCCAUCGAAACCUACGAUGACAGCUUCGACAACCUUUCUUUUCUACCAGAAAACAGCAAUGGAGACAUCACCAAAUACGACGUACCUCACGUACCUUACACGAUUUCGAAUCGAAGUGUUUACAGCAACUCAUCGACAUUAGAUAGAUAUGGCCAAUCUAACGUAAGAUCUUUCACUCCCCAAACGACAGCUUCGACGACGUCAGAAUUGGGUUCGUUGAGGGACAUGGGAUCAACUGCAAGGUUGGUACCUCCGCAUUUGGAAACGUCUUGCCAGACAUGGUUAACCCAUUUGCAGACUGUGAUAUGUACCAUUUCCCUAUCAGCCGGCUUGGGGAAUCUAUACAGGCUACCCCAAAUGACUCUUCUGAAUGGAGGAAUGCCUUUCAUUGUAGCGUACCUGAUCCUCACAGUAUUGAUAGGACUACCCCUUCUAUUCUUGGAAUUGGGUAUAGGACAAAUGGCCGAGGAAGGCUUCAUAAAAAGUUGGAGAGUUGUGCCUUUCUUCAGAGGUGUUGGUUAUGUAAAGUUAUUAGCAGGAUGUCUCGUCUGCAUAUACUAUCCCUUACUAAUAGGAGUUUCACUCUUCUACAUUGUAUGGAUACUGAAAGGAUCUCUUCCUUUUCCUGAAUGUGCUGUCGUCAAACUAACCAAUGAUGGAUAUUCCGCCAAAAGUAUAGAUAGACAAGAGUGCUUGAAGAAUACAUUUUUGGAAUCGGCUUUCAAAAAUCCGUAUUGGUAUGGCAUUUUCACGUCACUUCUACUAGUCAUAUGGAGCUUAGUUAUAAUUUUAUCGAUAAGGCGGUCUAAAACGUUUAUGAGAUCCUUGUUAGUUCUCAUAUUUCCAACAUUGAUUUUCUUCAUUGCUUUGAUGGUGAGAGCAGCCAUAGCUGAAGAACAAGUGGAUGGUUUCAGCAAACUCGUGUCUGAUAUCAAAUGGGUUGAUCUUCAUUCUGCCAAUAUUUGGUACUAUGCAGCGAUACAGGUUUUUUUUUCUACAAAUUUAGGUUUCGGCACCUUCAUCACAAAUGCCAGUGUUAUGUACGACAAAGUGAAUCCAUUAUGGACAGCCCUUGGAUAUCUAUCGGCAAAUCUUCUUUUCGGAAUUGGUUCCAUUCUUCUGUGCUACAUUAUAUCCGGCAACUUCCAUAUCACCCAAACGAAACAGAGUGAUAUCACCGAAGUCCAUCUCCUCACCCUUAUUUAUGACAUGGCAGUAUCGAGCACUGAAAAGGAUAACAAAAUAUGGGCAAUAGUUGCUUAUUGUCUGAUAGUUUCUGUUGGUUUGAUAAGCAUGGCUACGAUGAUGUACACAGUGCUGAAAGUGAUAACAGAAGAGAACAAAAAGAAACUAAAAUGGUGGAAAACCUGUCUUAUCACUUGUUUCAUAGGCUACAUAGCAGGAUGCGCUGCUUUAUUGCAAAACAACUUUCAGAUUGUUCGCUUGUUGGAUGGCUACAUAGUUGGAAACUUGAUAUUCAUAGCAGUAAUUGUGGAAGUAUUUGCUUUAAUCACAUUUUACGGUAUCGAGAAAAUUCAAUGUGAUUUCGAAUUCAUGUUGGGGCAAGUACUGUCCAAAUUCUGGCUGGUGUUAUGGUGGAUCAUACCCCUUUUGUUGACAGGAAUUUUCUGCUGGGGCCUUGCGACUUUACCAUUCGGAAACGACCCAGAAUGGCUCAGUGGUACAGGAUGGGGAGUAGUUCUUAUGGCCACCAUCUUCAUAUUUGCUAUGGGAAUAUAUACGAUAACAAAACAAGAUGGAUACAGUUUCACAGACAAAGUAAAAACGUCUUUCCAACCCUCUAAAAAUUGGGGACCCAAAGAUCCUAUGCAGCGGUACACUUGGGUACAAUGGUGUUCGAAAAUCCAACAAGGCGAAAGAGACUUCACCCUCAAGAGGAGAGGCACACGAGAUUACACCAAAGGGAUCAAGAAAGAAGCUAAGAAGAAAGCGGUCCAAGAAAAAAACAUCACGCCUCAGAGUCCAUCGUUUGUGAGCUACGAAGAAAACGGAAAUGGUCAGAUCAGGAUCGUUGCAAAUAAUCCAACGGUGUUAUCUCAGGAGAACGAGAUGACCUACAAGAAAAACAGCGUUUCUCAUUCUAACGGCAGUUCUGAAUGGACGAGCACCGCGAAAAGAAAAGAUGAAACGGAAUUCAAAACGAAUAUGAACCCUUACGCAAGGAAUUCAGACAGUAAUGAGGAGUACGGGUUGUUUAGAAAAGGCCCAUAUUUCAUAGACGAGAAGAGUAUAGAACAUGUGUGUCACAGAAAAUACAGUAAUACAGAGGAUGCAACAGAACUCUAAUUAUACGUACCUACAUAUUUUCAGCUUUUAUAUUCUUAGGUUUAUUUAUUUUUAUAUCACGAAUGAGCAAUCAUUGUCAAAUGAACAUACCAAAUACAUUUUGAAUAGUUAUGUUAAUUCACUCUAUAUUAUUGUUGCUAUCUAUGCGACUGCAACGUCAUACAAGUAUUUAUUUUUUUUUUUUUUGGUUUGUUAUUACCAAUAAAAACUUUUUUAAUCGUGGA